UACAAUAGAAGCAUGGCAGCAGAUACGACAAUGUCUAAUGGACAAGAAACCGCUUCCCUGAAUGGCGAGCCGGCCACGAAGCGGCCCCGUGACAGCGAAGAAGUUGAAUCGUUACGGAACCCUCGGCCUCCACAGAAUAAAGUCACCGUUGUCCUCGGAGCUCAAUGGGGAGAUGAAGGAAAGGGGAAAGUGGUUGACUUGUUGGCGAUGGAUGCGGAUAUUGUAUGCAGGUGUCAAGGAGGAAACAAUGCUGGACAUACAGUGGUGGUGGACUCAGUGGAGUAUGACUUCCACUUGCUGCCCAGCGGCGUGCUCAACAAGAAGGCCACUUCAUUCAUUGGAAAUGGUGUGGUCAUACAUCUACCAGGGCUGUUUGAGGAGGCUGAGAAGAACUUGAAAAAAGGCAAUGGACUGGAAGGAUGGGAACAGAGACUGAAGAUAUCAGACCGGGCACAUAUUGUGUUUAACUUCCAUCAAGCUGUUGAUGGUAUCCAGGAGCAGCAAAGACAGCAGCAGGCUGGAAAGAAUUUGGGAACCACCAAAAAAGGCAUUGGUCCGGCAUAUUCUUCCAAAGCUGCACGUAAUGGACUGAGAGUGUGUGACCUCGUCUCUGAUUUCUCCAUCUUUGAAGAGAAGUUCCGUAUGUUGGCUGGCCAUUUUCAGACCAUGUACCCCAAACUUAACAUUGAUGUUGAUGCUGAGCUGCAGCAGCUGAAGGUUUUUGCAGAGAAGUUGCGCCCCUUGGUGACUGACGGUGUGUACUUCAUGCACAAAGCUCUCACUGGACCCAGCAAAAAGAUCCUUGUUGAGGGGGCCAAUGCUGCCCUCCUGGACAUUGACUUUGGGACCUACCCCUUUGUGACCUCAUCUAACUGCACGGUUGGAGGUGUGUGUACUGGUCUCGGUGUGCCCCCAUCCCAUGUGGGACGUGUGUAUGGAGUGGUGAAGGCUUAUACCACCAGAGUGGGUGUGGGGGCAUUCCCCACAGAGCAGGACAAUGAGAUUGGUGAACUGCUGCAGUCCAGGGGGAGGGAGUUUGGAGUUACGACGGGCAGGCGGCGACGUUGUGGAUGGCUGGACUUAGUCUUGGUCCGAUAUGCCCACAUGGUGAACGGAUUUACAGCCAUCGCUCUAACCAAGUUGGAUAUCCUGGACACUUUACCUGAGAUUAAAGUGGGCGUGGCAUACAGCGUUGAUGGAAAACCCCUUCCAAGUUUUCCUGCGAACAUGGACGUCCUCACGCGGGUCUCGGUGACGUACGAGACGCUGCCCGGCUGGUGCUGCAGCACUGAGGGCGUGCGCAAUUUCGAACAGCUGCCUCCCCAAGCGCAGGACUACAUCCGCUUCAUCGAGAAAUUCCUUCAGGUGCCAGUGAAAUGGGUCGGAGUUGGCAAGUCCAGAGAGAGCAUGAUCAAGCUGUUCUGACCGGAACAAUGGGAUCACUGUGGGACCAGGAAUUUUAAUAAAACGAUCAGCAUGAUGACCCUGAGGUUCAGAACCUCAGAGACUACAUUACCUGAAUGUAUACACCAGCACUGUAUUAGAACCAAGAUUUCAUUAAAGGGACCUACACCUCUGUUGUAUUGUCUCAGAACUGUCACCUCAAAAAUUCAUUCCAUAACUUUCCUAUGAUGUGCAAGAGCAAAAAUUCCUUUAAUUAGUAGUAUUUGGACCUUAUUUUAAUCAAUGGAGCUGUUAUUCAUAUUUGACAAAUAGGUCAGAAGCACAGCACGAAUUCACAAAGAUGUUUCUCUCUCACCCUUAACAAUUACUGCAAUGUAGACGAGCGGACCGAUUUUUAGCAUGUUGUAUUUCAUGCAGCUAGCAUUCUUAAACGAUUCCUCUGUACACGUUUUUUUUUUUCAUGUAGUCCAAUUUUAAUGGUCAGUAAUAGACCUCUAAUACAAAGUAUGCUUUUAAGCUGAGCUCUAUGAGUGAACAGAUUUCUCUAGGGUUAGAUAAUAUUCAUUGUUUGGGAUCGCAGUUGACUGAUGAGAAAUUAAGUCAAAUGUAUGAGAAAUAAAGUAAAGUG